GUCCUUUUUUGAAGUCGCCGUGGGGAGUCGCCUGUCGAUGACGUAAACACGUAACACUGACAGCAGAGACGCCUCUCAUUAAAGAAAAUGCCAUUAAAAAUGAGGCUCAAAUUAUCGCUGCGUUUGAUGAACAAAUGAUUUGCUUUAGUACAGGGUUUGUACGCACGGCUGCGUGUGAACAAAAAUCAACUGUCGCCUUGCAUCUAUCGCCAAGCUAAUAACUGAGGAGCCGAGGAGCGGCUAGUUAGCUUAGCUUAGCAUAGGUUAGCUUAGCAUAGGUUAGCUUAGCUUCAGUACUGCAGCCUGAACCGGUGAAGCGAAGCGGGUUAGCUGUUAGCAUUCGAGGAAAAAAAAAACACCACUUGGGCUUGUGCUGAACAGUGAGCGGUUUCUCCCUGCAGAUUGGAGUGGGGCAAACUUUUAGCAUGUGAAUUUCUUGCCACUUCAGACAGUCUUUGCCAUCUCAAAGCCGCUCUGGUGCUACAGACACAAUGUCGAGCCGAAGGAAGUCCACCACCCCCUGCAUGGUGCUUCCAUCUGAUGUAAUGGAGCAGGAUGUGGAUAUGGAGAACCUUGCAGGGGAAGAAGGAGUUGAAAACUCUGUCGAAGGCCCUACAGAUGGCGUACUGAUUCCCUUGGACAGUGAAGGAGAGCUUGAAGACAGCGUAAGCCAUGCUACAGGAAAACGCCCAAGUCAAACUGCUGUAGAGCAAUCGGUCACAGAUAUGAUUGCUGAAGGAAACAUUCAGGCUGAGUCGGAGGACAUUGAAGAUCCUUCUAUCGCUGGGAUUUCUCUCAGCAAAACUCCUAUUAUGAAAAAGAAGCCUGAGCCCAAAAGAAUCGCAGUGUCUUUGAAAGGAGCAGAAGAGGCUGAAUCGUUAAUCGAAAGCGAAGGGGAUCCGGAGUCAAUGGAAGCACCCUCUAUUACGGCAGAUAUGACCACCUCGAUUCUUGGUGAUUCCACGAAACCUAAUGUGUUUGUUGGCAUUCCCAAUCCAUCUCCUGCUGAGCAAAAGAAGCCAAUUGUGAACCCUGCAACAGUACUUCCUGCCGGCCUAGCCCAGGUUCUGUCAGCCUUGCAGGCCCAGCAGAGUGCUCAGACUCAGCUCCUGAUUCCAGUGAGCAGCAUUCCAACCUACAACACAGCCAUGGACACAAAUGCACUUCUGGUGAACACAUACAAGAAAUUCCCUUAUCCGUCUGUGCCUGAGAUUAUGGGCCUUUCAACCCAGACCAAGUUCUCAGAGGAGCAGAUAAAGAUCUGGUUCUCUGCUCAGCGUUUGAAGCAUGGUGUCAGCUGGACGCCAGAGGAAGUUGAAGAGGCUCGAAGAAAACAGUUUAAUGGCACAGUCCACACGGUGCCACAGACCAUAACAGUCAUUCCGGCUCACCAUCUCUCCGCUACCAAUGGUCUCCAAUCGAUCCUUCAGACUUGCCAAAUAGUGGGGCAGCCAGGCCUGGUUCUGACACAGGUUGGGACUGCAAAUAGCUUACCAGGCACCACCCCUAUAACACUAACUGUUGCAGGAAUGCCCAGUCAGAGCCAGGCAUCUAAGAUCACAGCUUGUCAGACCAGCUCUGCUGUUAGCGAAACAAAAAGAGCCACAACUGUCCAGCCACCAUCACUGACUCCUCAGGAGAGCUCUGCUCUCAGCGCCGAUCACUUUGGUCUGCGCCCAAAGAAGUCUAAGGAGCAGCUGGCUGAGCUGAAAGCCAGCUACAUGAAAAACCACUUUGCCAGUGAUGCCGAAAUCGCCAGGCUGAUGAAGCUGACCAACCUCACCAAAGGCGAGAUCAAGAAGUGGUUCAGCGAUACCCGUUAUAACCAGCGAAAUUCUAAAAACAACCACUUCAGCAUACCCCAUGAAAGCUCACGGACCAACAACAGCAGUGCCACCAUUGUUAUCGACUCUAGUGACGAGACCCCUCAGUCACCAACGCCGUCACCUGUCAAAGAGAAGGAGACCCGCAAGACCUGGAACCCAUUUCCAGACUUCACUCUGCAAAAGUUUAAGGAGAAGACCCCAGAGCAGUUGGUGAUUCUAGAAGAGAGCUAUCAAAAAUGCGACACCCCAACAGAUGAAGAACUGAGUCGACUGAGAGCCGAAACAAAGCUCACCAGGCGGGAGAUUGAUGCGUGGUUCACAGAGAAGAGGAAAACUCCUGUCACAGAGUCAUCUGAACAAAAGACGGAUGAGAUGGAUGGUAAGCCCACCCAGAGUAAAGGUAACCAGAGUCCAAAUGGAGGAAAAAAAUUGUCCAAGGAAAAGAUCACAAAGAAAACUCCAGAGCAGCUACAUGUCCUCAAGAGUGCCUUUGUACGCACUCAGUGGCCAUCUGCCGAGGAAUACGACCAACUAGCUGAGGAAAGUGGGCUACCCCGAUCUUACAUCGUUAAUUGGUUUGGGGAUACCAGAUAUGCCUGGAAGAAUGGGAACCUGAAGUGGUACUUUUAUUACCAGAGUGGCAACUUAGAGGGUCUGAAUGGCAACAAGACCAGGAAACGGCGGAUUAGGAACCGUGGCUGGGGAAGGUCUCGCAGCAGGAGAGCCAGAAAAUCCACAGGUUCUGAGAAGUCCCCACCCAUAAAGUUCAAGACCGGGAAAGAGUUUCUUAAGGAAUACUACUUGAAGCACAAGUUUUUAAAUGAGCAAGAUUUGGAUGAGCUGGUAGCCAAAUCGAACAUGAGUUAUGAGCAGGUCAGGGAGUGGUUCGCAGAGGUUGGUAGGAAGGUAGACAUGGGCGCAGAUCCUUUUGAAGAUAAUACUGGUAACGAGCAAGAAGAAGAGGAGUCUGAGGGGGAGAAUGAGAUGGCAGUUGAAGAGCAAGGGCCCUCAGCUCCCGGUGAGGAUGAUUGCGAUGAUGAUGAUGAUGAGGAUACUGAUGAUAGUGAUUCCUGGGAGCCCCCACAAAGUGUUCGAAAAACCUUGUCAGGGUCUGAGGAACACUGAUUCAUCAGCUGCUUUACCUUCGGAAAUAAUCAAGGUUUGUGAAAAAAAAAGAGUAACUGAGGAUCCAGUUACAACACAUUGACUAAUUCUGCUUGUGCCGCUUUUACAUUGCUCACUUUCCUAUUCAAGCUUACUGUUAGUGUUUGUUUUUUUGAAAUUUGCAGACACAAAUUGAAGACUGGUUCUGUCGAAUUCAAGAUAUCCCUCAGCUGCGUUUAUCUACGAACAGUCUUGCACACAAAAUGAAGAAUCCUGGCCCAGCUAGUCUGUACCUUCAAAUGUGCAAUUUGACUAUAAUAAAAAAAAAGACUGUAAAAAGGAUAACAUUUUUAUUUCAGGUUAUGGGCAGAUUUUUUUUAAAGAAAACAUUCCUCCCUUUGCCACAAGGAGGAUCUAUGGUGCCAAAGUUACUUUUGCUGAAUGUUACGGUUCCCUGUUUUGUGAAAGGAAAUAGUCAAUCAUGAAAAUAUGAGUAUUUCUUGAGAGAUAGGCUGAGAGAGCAAGAGACAUGCACAAAAAAAAAAACCUGGGCACUUUUUGUUAGUGUUUUUAAAAAACCCUGCCUCUUAAGCCAUCCAAUGGUUUUAAGUAUGAAAAUAUGUCUUGUAUGAAAUCUGUUGGAGUUUAUUCUACAGUAAUAGUAGGGCAAUCAUAUUCAACUUUACUUUCUAAAUCUACUGAGUGUAAUAUGUAAACGAAUACAGCACAUCCAGUGAAGAUCUGUAGCUCUGAUGAACAGAAGGCUGCUCUGGAGUCAUGUGAGUCGACUUUCCCAGGAUUUGGAGUUUCUCCUUGGGAGUCUGAAAUGAUGGAGCACAGCUGCAGAAGACUGUUAGUGGACUAUUAUCAGUGCCUGUACAAAGGAGUGGGACUGUUUUUUGUUCCCCUCUUGCACUGCUUCACCUGGACUCUUUUAAAGCCCCGUUUCGAUUUUAUUUGUGGUUUGCAGAGUCUUAACAAUUUGUCAUUUGUAUUUCCCAUGUGUACCUGAAGCUUAACCCUUAUGUUCUGUUCAACUUGUUUAAACAUUCUAUGGUAAAAAGCUGAGCUGAUGUCUCUCUUACAGUAUGUGAGAUUCUCUAAUGAAAAGUGUUUUUUUUUUAUACAUUUAUAUUACAUGUUCAGGUCUAUUUAGCCAGGGAAGUACAAAAUUUCUUAGUGUUAAAUAUUAGUUUUGGGGUUUUUUUUUCUUGAAAAAAUUGAUUAUUUUUUUUAAGUCACUCUUCUGGUUCCUUCAUCUUUUGCCUGAACACACAGAAGGGUUGUAAGUGUUCAUAUGCAUAAAAUUUGGGUAUAUUUUUAAUAUUAAGUAUAUACUAUGAUGCAUCCCUUUUGUAAAAAAUGAAUUGUUUUGCUAUAUAACCUCAGAAUUCCUUGCUACAUCGAACAGAACAUGAGGGUUAAUAAGGACAGGAAGUUCACUUCCCAUGUGAAAUCUUAAGGCAUCUGUUGUAUAGAUAAUGGCCCCACUUUUUAAUAACUAAUAUUUUUCAUUAGUUUAAUUUUCUAUGAAAAGGAAUGAAUGAUUUCUAUACCCUGGAUGUUUUUUCAAUUGUCCCCUCUUGUAAUAUUGCAUGCUGCAGCUGUUAAGGAGGAUGAGAAGAAGAAAAAAAGCUCAUUUUGUACAUACAUUUUAUGGUUGCAUUUUCUAAGUCGUUUUAAGCAAUUUUAUAAGUUUGUAUUUAUGAUGAUGAUGACAAAUCCCUCCGUGGCCCAAGUGGAGUGCUCGUACGGUGACCCUUUUUUGUGUGCGCUGAAUUGUUAGUGAUUUUUUUUUUCCUUAGGCAGAGCUUUGCCUAAAACUCCACUUGAAUUGUUCUCUCGUCGGUGAACUUUUUUUAUUUUUUUUGCCUGGUGUCCUCCAUGUGAUUCUGCACUUGUAGAGUAUUGUAGACAGGAGAUACAUGAUGAGUAUUGUCUGAAAAUUCACACACCUUUCUGCAGCAUAUCCAUAAAAACAAAACAAACAAAAAAAAAUUUCAUCUAGAUUUUAAAAUGAUGCAUAUACUUUUUGUUUUUCUUUUUCCCGGAAUGUAUUCUGUGAACUACUGCCUCCUUACAUCUGUCACUAGUCAUGUUAACAGCAGUACAUUUACACAAGAUCAACUUAAAAUCACUGUAAGGCUCAGUAAAGCUCAUUUAGGUCCAGAAAUACGGUCGGGCACCAUCAUGGAGGAAACUUGUGAAAUCAUACCGAGCCUUAAAAUUGAAUCGGUGGCAGAAGCUUUAUUUUCCAGAGCCAUACGCCUUGUGCAAUGCUUUUAAUUUAAAACUGUUUUAAUAGGCUGUGGCUUGAUUUAGACAAAAGAUAUAUUUUCUACUUGUUUGAGGACAACAAUAAAUUUAGAUGAAAACCAA